AUGGCAGAUAUGGGAAUCGCGGAUAAAGGUCAGCCCUGCAACGACAAUUUGAUUCACGAAACGAGUGAGGCGAGUCCGGGAAGGCCAACCCAAGAGCCUUGUAAGAGAGGUGCCAAGUCCCACAUCAUGUAUGGUUUCCUCUCGUUCAGCUUACUCGUACCUCCGUACCCGCCUUAUCUCAAUGGUUCAGCAUAUAAUAAUUUGGGAAACUCAGGUUUUGACAAUAUUGUUUCUAAAAAACUGCUGGAAAUAGCACAAGUUCCUGAUGAACAUGUCAAUGAAUUCACGUCGAUCGAGAAGUUCAAGAUUUUCAAUACCAACAACUUGUGA